AUGUUGAUCCAGGAAUCUUUCCACGAUGUGCCCACCAAAGCGGAUGGAAACGGUAUCUACGUGUUCCAUCCCACUAUUCCUGGGUACCCCAAGGCUCGAUUCCCUGGUGUCGUAGUGUUCAGCGAGAUCUACCAAGUGACUGGACCUGUCUCGCGGUUCGCCAGACAGAUUGCGGGCCAGGGGUACAUCUGUGCUGCGCCGUCCAGCUAUCACGAAUUCACCGGUCCUGAGCCACUGCAAUACAAUGCUGAAGAUACUGACAAGGGGAACCAGUGGAAAGUCAGCAAGGCAUCCGCUUAUGACGAGGAUGCUUCGUUGUGCGUUGAUUACUUGCUCUCCCUGCCCACUUGCAAUGGCCGGGUAGGCGCAACGGGUAUGUGCUUGGGUGGUCAUCUUGCGUACCGAUGUGCGUUGGACAGCCGCGUCAAGGCGGCUGUGUGCUACUUUGCGACGGACAUCCACAGCAAGACCCUCGGCGCGGGCAAGCACGAUGACAGUUUGGCUAGAGCGGGCGAUAUCAAGGGAGAGCUUCUUAUGAUUUUUGGAAAGAACGACAACCAUGUUCCCCCGGAGGGUAGAGACCUGAUCCGCAAGACCCUGCAUGAGAAGGGCGUCCUGUUCAGCUUCUACGAGGUCGCAUGGGCUCAACAUGCAUUCAUUCGGGACGAGCUAAGCAAGGGACGGUAUGACCCCGCCAUUACCAAGGUAUGCUUUGAGAUGCUGCUCGAGUUGUUCGGACGGACAUUGAAACUGGACCUUGGCGAACACGAUGGCAAGAAAUUGGAGAUCGAGGAUGUAUGCUAG